CCAACAAAGAGAUCCGUUACCGCGACCACACAUACAAGCAAUACAACAACAACAUACAAUCGACACUUACGAUGUGACACAACACAGUGAUAGCACUCCGGCGGCACUCGCAACAAUAAACUCGCCACCGAACGUCUUUACAGCCGGGACAUGGAAUGUCUCAGGGUGCUCCCAACCGUCCGAUCGGGACGUCAUCGAUCAGUUCCUAAACGACAACAAUAUUGCUGUUGCCUGUUUGCAAGAGAUCCGUUUAGCCACCAGUAUUGUCGCUGCAGCACUACUCUGCAAUUCGCUGGAGAGUCCAGCGACGCGACAAAUCUCAGCGAUGUCAGAUGACUUGUCAUUUUUGGCGGUGACAUUUGGUUUGUUUUGACUGAUAAACUGCAUUAUUUUCAAAACUUUUCGAAACCGUAUUUCUCAAAAUCUUCAAACCGGUAAACACCAACGCUCUGAGGAGUUUUAAGAAGAAAAAUAAAUAUACAGGUGAAAUUGAGUAAAGACAAUGGCGAACAUCAUCAUCCAGGCAGUUAAAAACCAUCAAGCAGAGCCGAAUACUGUAUAUCAUGCACUAUACGGGCAUUAUUAUUUGGGAAUUUCUAAAAAAGAUCUUGCGAAAAUUUAUGGUAAAAGUUUAUCUACAAUUUACUCCUGGUUAAGAAGAUUCGAAAAUGAAGGUGUCUAUCAACGAAAAAAACGCAUUCAAAUCUACAAAAAGUUCCAAGUGGAAAUGAGAUCAUGGAUAGUGCAGUUGUAUCAAAAUCAUCCUUUGCUGUUCUUGGACGAAGCCAAAGAGAAAUUCCAGAAGCAGUUUCAUAUGACCAUCAGCGUAUCGUCGAUUUGUUUCAUUCUUCACGAGGCUGGGCUCUCGUGGAAGACGGUUGAGAGAAGGGCGAUUCAAAUACGGGAUGCCGAGAUCAUCAGAUUCAUGCGAGAGCUUUUGGCCAUCCCGUGGGACAUUUAUAAUUUAGUAUUCUUAGAUGAGGUUAGUUUCGAUAAUAGGGAUAUGCUGCGUCGGAAAGGAUAUGGAGUUGUGGGACAAAAAGUUAUUUUCAGUGGGGAAUUCUGCCGUCGACCUCGUCUCUCUUUUUUAUGCUUUUUAGGAGUAGACGGUAUGUUAGAUAGUUUUUGGACAAGUGGAACAUUUAACCGUUUAAUUUUUUUUGAAUGCAUUCGUGAGUUUGCGCUACAUAAUACAAAUGUUCAUCAAUACCCAGGAUUCAACUCAGUUUGGAUAAUGGAUGGGGCGAGAAUACAUUGCGAUGCUAACAUUAUUAGGUACCUGCGGUCGAUAGGCAUAAUUCCCAUCUUCCUUCCGGCGUACUGUCCUUUUUUUAAUCCUGUGGAAAUUAUUUUCGGACUCGUCAAAAAGCGACUGAAGAGGACGCACCAAGAGAAUACGCCCAUAAUGGGUGACGUAUGUGAUGCUAUGAGUUACUUCAGACAGUAUCCUUGUGAAAAUAUAUUCGCACAUUGUGGUUAUUAUCCCGGGGGAACAUUCUACCCAGAAAAAGGAUUGCAACAAAAUCCACAAGAUUUGGGUCUUGAUGUUUGCACAGAAUAA